UCAAGCGGAACAUUCCCUCCCUUUUUCGCUCUUUCCCUUGCCAUUUGAAAGAAAGUGGCUGCGCAACUUCUUCUCUGUCACCGUUCCCAUUUAUGGCGCUGCAUUAAUUUCCUUGAUCUGCAUUCUCUGAAUUUUUCAUGACCCACAUGGAGCAAGUUCUUGAAGGAUUUGCCUCCGCCAAGGGGCAUAAAUACUGUGGUCGCCGAAUGCGAAUCGCCGACUUUUUACUGCUCGAGGAAGAAGAAGAAGAACGAGAAGAAGGGGACGAGAAAGAGUGCGGAGUUGCCGCCGAAAUCGAGAUGAGCAGUCUCCGGCGGCAGGAUGAAGUGGUGUCUUGUGGGUUCGAGUGUCCGUCCCCGCGUCGGGCGAUUUCGAGGUGGUUCAGACGGCGCAAGGAGAAGAGGGGUGUGGUGGGGCAGACUCGAGAGGAAGAAGAGAGGGAACUUGGCGACGGGCUGGGGAGUUUAAGCGUUUCGGGGAUAAGGACGAAGGUUGAGGAUGGUUCGUCGCACACGGUCAACGGGAAGGAUGAGUCAGGACAACAUAGGAAAGAGAAUAUGUUCAACCUGGGAGCUGCAGGGAGUCUAUUAUAUCUGAUUGCUGCGAGUAAGAAUGAACUCAACAAAAUGGAGGAUUUGCGGAAAGAAAUGGAACUUCUUCUUCAGAAUGUCAAAGAAAAAGUACGGAGAAAAGAUUCUUCUUGUGAUCCAUCUGAGUCGACGGAGAGUGUUGCCUCUUGUUUGACUGAUAUAAAGGAAGUCUUGAGCUGCGGCAGCCAACUAUCGGAGCAAUCCCAUAGAACACCAUCUCAUUUGCUAGAACAACAUAGACAUAUGCAGUUGAAUCAGUCCAGUGGAUGCGAGUGUAAACAAGAACCUGUGGAGGGGAUUGAAGAACUGGAAGCAGAAUUAGAAGCCGAGUUAGAACGCUUGCAGCUUCAGUUGGAUGCUGAAACUUCUUCCAAGCAAUCAUAUCAGGAAAUGAUAAAGCAGAUUGCACCCAAGGAGUCUGCUUCAGGAAGCGGUCGUAGCACGAGUUUCGGGGACGUAAUGAACCCCGAAGACGAAGCGACUGAAGUUCAGGGCGGAGUUCCCCCUAUUGAACUCGAGAGGAGGUUGCAUGAAGUGCUAGAAACAAGACAGCAAGAACGAAUCAAAGAGCUUGAAGCAUCUUUAGAGCGUUUGGAGCACAAGCUAUCUGAGAAAGAGAGAGAGAUCUCAUGGUGGAAAGACACUGCUCUUCUUCUGUCACAGCAUGUGUCUGGGCCUUCUCAUGGUGGUCUAACUAACAAUGAAACUUUGAUAUGUUGAACUCACCAACUGUGAAAUUGAUUUGAAUGGUGUGCAGCUUUUCUUUUCCUUUUCUUAUCCUACCUGAGACAGAUAAAGGACAGAUAAAGGAAAGUUAUAAUAUGUUAUACAGCUUGAGUU